UAUCUGACUGCUGGGCUAGAGUGUGAAAUUAACCUAAGAAACUCUACUUUCAGAACCAUCAUGGACCCAAUGGAAAUGAGCACUGGAGGCAUGAGGCAAAGAAGAUCCCAGGAGCAGGCCAGGGGGGAAGAGGAAACACAAAUACUCAAUGGAGAAGCUGAACACCUGGAGAAAAUCACUGCCCACAUCCAAUGGAAGAGACACCUGGAGGUAAUGAAGGCAAAGGUACUAGACCAGGUACAUAAUCAGCUGAGUGAUCUCUUAGACAAGACCUUGGAAGAAGCAGCUCAUUCCAGACCCCAGCAACUGAGCAUGGUCCCAGCAAAGAAGCAAAGCAGAGAGAAGGGUCAGAUAGUGAAGAAGAAAGUCUUUGUCGCUCAACGGUCCUUGUUUGACACAUUACUGGAGGUGGAACAUUUCCGCACAAUCCAUCACAUAUUUGUGGCUGUGCUCUGUAUCUUUGUCCUCAAACAAAUCAUUGUGGAUUCCAUCGAGGAAGGACGUCUUGUUUUGGAUUUCGAGGUCUUUAUCGCUGGCUUUCGACAUCUGCCCACAGCACUCUUUGCCUGGCUCUGCAUGUUCCUCUACACCUUAUCUGUGCCCUACCAGGCCCUGCAAAUAUGGUCAGGCUGCUUGAAGAUGACCAGGUUCCCCAAUCUCUGGACGGUCACCUUGGUGGUGGUGCUGCUACUCUGCCACGCUGCAGUGCUGGGCUUCUUCCCCGUCUAUAUUAUUGUCUAUUCUAAUUUGGGAAUUGCCUCCUGUAUAAUUAUCCUCUUUGAGCAGAUCCGGUUCCUGAUGAAAAGCUAUUCAUUUCUGAGAGAAUCGAUGCCUCCUCUUCUCCAUGCCAGGGACCAAGUUGGGAAGAUAAGCCCUCCUGAAUUCUCAACCUACUUAUAUUUUCUCUUCUGCCCUACUUUGAUCU